UCUAUUUAAUAAUAUUUUCACUGGCACUACCUUUGGAUUUGUGUAUGAGUAACCUGACUUGGCAGAAUAACCCAAACCCCAAACCUCAAACAUAAUUAAAUAUGCUGUUCUCAUUAGAUAGUCAUCAUUCUGUUAGUCCCCUACUAUGUUGUCUAUUUUAACUCCGUACAAUUUUCAAGUUUCUACUGUGUUCAUUAAAAGGUAACAUUGUUCUUUCCAUUUGAAUACACAUGGCUACAUAGUUUCAAUUGACGUUGCUGAAUCCUUCCUGCUGUAAAUGUUGGAUUAGGCUAUAGUCCAGUAUCCUACCACUCAGAGAUGUCAACAUUCCUCACUUGAACUUCUGCAACCUCCUGCCCUCCUACUCCACUGAAACUGGGCAACAGAAAGUCUUAAAUAACUUUUCAGACCCUUUCUCCACUAAUGGCUGUACUUGGGUCUCACAUUUUUUUUCUUCCCACCUUUAUAAUAUUUUCUGCCCAAGUCCACUCUCCCUAGCACUUUUCUAGGUAUUCUGCUCAACUUCUAUCUUAUCAGUGCAACAUUUCAAUUUUGUCUAUAAUAAAGGCUCCCAAGUUCACACCAAAGGGCUCUACAGUUCGUCAUUUCCAGGGGACCACCUGAAUUUGGGUUUCUUUCUUUUGAAAGGGGAGGCACUCUCAUCAUCCAGGCUGAACUAGAAUGUUCUACAAUGUAUGGCAAUCUUUCUGCUUUUUACUCCCUCUCCCCUCAGUGCUAGGAUUACAGGCAUGUACCAUCACAUAUGUUUAGGGGUUUUUGGAGGGGGAGGGUGGGAGUGAGUAUCACUAUUGUUGAGAGUUAGGGUCUUUUUUUGUUUGUUUUGGGUUGUUUUUGUUUUUGUUUUUGUUUUUGUUUUUUUGUUUUUCGAGACAGGGUUUCUCUGUGUAGGCCUGGCUGUCCUGGAACUCACUCUGUAGACCAGGCUGGCCUCGAACUCAGAAAUCUGCCUGCCUCUGCCUCCCAAGUGCUGGGAUUAAAGGCGUGCACCACCACGCCCGGCGUUUUGGCUUUUGUUUUUUUUUUUGUUUUUUUGUUUUGUUUUGUUUUGUUUUGUUUUGUUUUUUUUGAGACAGUGUCUCUGUACAGUCCUGGCUGUCCUGGAACUCACUCUGUAGACCAGGCUGACCUCGAACUCAGAAAUCCACCUGCCUCUGCCUCCCAAGUGCUAGGAUUAAAAGCGUGCACCACCACGCUCAGCUGGGAGUUAGGGUCUUACUGUGUAGACUUGGCUGGCCUCCUGCCUCUGCUUCCCCAGUCCUGGGAUUAUAUGCAUGCAUCAACAUGCUGAAUUUCUUAGUAAGAUUGUGCUUAUUUCUGCCAAACCAUCUAUCUUCUUCUUUGCAAUCCACUAAAUAAUCUUUUAAAACAUCUCUCGGUGUGUGGUGGAAUACUACUGUAAUUCCAGCAAUAGGGAGGCAGCGUCCGGAUGACUGGGAGGCCUGGGCUACAUAGUUAGACCAUGAAUCAAAAAAACUAGCAGCAUAUCAUAUGUAUUUAGUCAUAUGUAUAUGACAUUAUCAGUACGAUAUUCAAUAUUGUCCCUAUUUAAAAUGUUUCUAGAAUGAAGGGUAAGUUCUAAUUCCUUAUCAAUCCCUCCCUAAUAGAACUUUUUAUUUAAUCUCCUUUGCAAACAUGCCUCUAGAGUGGAACGGGAAAGCCACUCCCAGUUCUCCAGCCCACCCAUUUCUGCCCUUUCUUUCAUCUGCUUCCUUUGACAGAAUCCUGUUUCCCUGGAACAUAGACCCUAGAUUCACUCUGAACUGUUUCCUGAGAACUUUUCUCUCAGAUGAAGUUAUUUCUUCCUUCUACUUGGUUCCUUACAGCAUUUACCUUGUUAUCUGUCAACAAUUUGGUUAUUUUACGAACAUUCCAUUUCUCCUGCUAGACUGCAAACAAAAUGUCAAAUGGUGUGUUCAUGUGGGCAAGAGCCUCCUUGGGAAGUUGCUGCAGUUUAAAUGGAUCAGAACUUAACAAAAGUGUUAGAGACUGAGCACAGUGGAUCAUAACUUCACAUCCCAGAACUCUAGAGGUCAAGACUGACAUGAAUUCAAGGCCAGCACGGGCAAUAUAUUAACUUCCUAUCUCAAAAAAGGAAAAGGGGAGGGGAGAGAGGGAUGGAGAGGGAGGAGGUAAGAGAAAGCUAAGAUAUGUCAAGAAAAAUAGGGGAAACAAAAACCAGAAACUGAGCUCACAGUUCCCAACUUGUAAUACUCUCUACCUCUGAAACAUUCUGGCCUUACCAAAUCUGCAAGAGCUCUUCCUUUCUUUCUGCCUUGGUGAUUUAUUAAUUACUGUACCGAUUACAAGAUAAAUGGAGUGAAAGAAUGUGAAGGAGAGAGGGUUCAGGGUCUUACUUUAAAAGAUCUUACGUUGAAGGGGCAUCAUAAAUAGGGUAAUACACGACUGUAAUCUCAAUCCCCUUAAAUUGAGGCAGGAGACUUGCUAUUUGGAGGUCAGUUUCAGCUACAGAGAAGUGCCCUGUCUGCCUGUCCCUCCCCUUCAUUGUGCUGAGUCUGGAGUUGCAAAGAUUUAGCAGGCUAGGACUGACUGCUAGUGAUAAAAUGGCCUUUGGUUUUUCCUUUUUCCAGACAGGGUUUCACUACGUGUAGCUCAAGCUGUCUAGAAACCAGGCUAACUUUGAACUCAAGAGAUCCAUCAGCUUCUGCCUUCUUAUGCUGGGAUUAAAGGCAUGCACCACCUCAUCCAGCUAGAAAAAGGAUUUUAAAUAUAAGGGGAGGGGGGAGGCUACAUCCGUCAUUUUACUUUAGUAAUAAAAGUUUAUUAAAUAAUAGAGAAUAGAGAAAAAACGGCCGGGCAGUAGUGGCGCACGCCUUUAAUCCCAGCACUUGGGAGGCAGAGGCAGGCAGAUUUCUGAGUUCGAGGCCAGUCUGGUCUACAGAGUGAGUUCCAGGACAGCCAGGGCUAUACAGAGAAACCCUGUCUCGAAAAACUGAAGAAAAACAAAACAAAACAAACAAGAUUAGAGAGAAACCCUGGUGUGGUGGCACGUGCCUUUAGCAGGAGCACCUAGGAGCACCUAUAUACCAGGCAGAGUUCAAGGCUAGCCUGGUAUAUAGAGGGAGUUCCAGGACAGCUUGGGUUGCACAGAGAAAGCCUUUCUGGAGAAACAAAACAAAAGAAUAAAAAAAAAGAAUGACUUCAAACGAGAAAUGCAGAGGAUUAAAGAGAUGUGCCUUUAAGUCAUGUAACUUCAGCAACACUGGCCCCGCUUUAAUAGGGCUGGGUCUGACUGCAUCAACCCUUUUUGAAAAUGAAGACAAAGAAAGAAAAGCCACAUUUAAAAAAAAAAUCUACUGCACCAUAUUGCAACAUGCGAACACGGAGGAACAUUCUGGUACGAUCAAAGCCUCAGUAACCACACCGGACUGGUUCUUGCUGGCCACGGGGAACUCAUUUUCAUAACGGAGCUCCGCAACCCAUGGAGAGGCGGGAACCUCUCCCUCGGAAUACAGUCCCCGGGCAUAGUAUACAGUUGUUACAUAAACUAGUGCACCGAGAAAGCCCCGUGAUGGCGCACACCCUCCUCUCCUAAAAUACUGGAGUCGGUAAGCCGAGGACCCAGGACGGUCCCGAAGGCUGCCGUCAGCAUGGACUAGCUGCCGGCUCACAAAGCGGAUCGUUGGCUGCUAGCGUGGCGCGCAGGCGCCGCAAGGGCGAGGGCGCGAUCCGCGAUCCGCUGGGCCGCGCGCCCUCUGCCCCGCCUACGAAACUAGCAGCCCGCUGGGGAGCGGCUGCAGCGCGAGGGCGGGAAGCGAGCGCCGGGCCAGCACCUGCCAGGCCCGGUGGUCCCGCCCUUCGGCCCCCUAACUGCACAAGGCUGUCCUUCCCCUUCCGCCCCUCCCACAUUCCCCGGCGGCACAGGCCCCACCCCCGUCGUGCGGCCGACCGGCCGUCUGUGACGUCAGCAGCCCCCGCCCCCCUGAGUAUAAAUACUGGCGUCUCUGGCACCGCCUUCCCACACUCUCUGGCUCAACUCUCGCCGCGGUGUUUCCGUUUUUCUCUCUGGUUGUCUCCUGCUCUGCUCUUCUCAUCCUUCUCGCUCUGCUGCUCUGCGGAGUGACGAGGCUGAAUCCUCUCCCCACCCAGUUCGCGCCUUUCUUCUUUUUCUCGCGCCGCUCCAUUUCUCCAGUUCGGCUGCCGCCGCCACUGCUGCUCAGCUGGUGUCGGUGCCGCGCGUUUCCCCCACGUCGUCCCCGCAGCCUAUGGCCCAGGCCGCCUUGGGUAUUUCUGCUCAAGGUAACCACAUCCCUCUUUAAAAAUUCCGCCGAAAAAGAGAAGACGCUUUACCCGACUCUUUGGGCCGUUAUCUCACGGCGAACUUUCUGACCGAGUAUACAACUACCCAGAAGGCCUAGGAGAAGUGCUGUAUAGAGAGCAGUUCGACUUCAACGCUGAGCCACCUUGGGAACCUAGCUGAUGAUAGGGGGUUCCAUCUCCUAACUUGUCCAUGGAGGUCUUCACUUCAGAAACCCAAGACUCACAUUCAUCCAGCUUGGUGUCAAGUGGGCUGUUGCUGCCAGGAUUAUCUUGUGAUUAUAUGAAAGAUGUAUCAGUUUCUUCUGAAGUGCAAUCAACUCUCUAGACGCCUUUGUAGCAGGUGUGGACCAAGUUUGUUGCAUAUUCUAAGGACCCAGACAUAGGCUUGGUGGCCCGUCUCUUGUUUUUCCUGGUUUAUGACUUUCGGCUUUGUGGAAUACGGCUGAGAUGAAAGGAUUUAUUGACGAUGCGAACUACUCCGUUGGCCUGUUGGAUGAAGGAACAAACCUUGGAAAUGUUAUUGAUAACUAUGUUUAUGAACAUACCCUGACAGGAAAAAAUGCAUUUUUUGUGGGGGAUCUUGGGAAGAUCGUGAAGAAGCACAGUCAGUGGCAGACCGUGGUGGCUCAGAUAAAGCCGUUUUACACGGUGAAGUGCAACUCCACUCCAGCCGUGCUUGAGAUCUUGGCAGCUCUUGGAACUGGGUUUGCUUGUUCCAGCAAAAAUGAAAUGGCUUUAGUGCAAGAAUUGGGUGUAUCUCCAGAAAACAUCAUUUUCACAAGUCCUUGUAAGCAAGUGUCUCAGAUAAAGUAUGCAGCAAAAGUUGGAGUAAAUAUUAUGACAUGUGACAAUGAGAUUGAAUUAAAGAAAAUUGCAAGGAAUCACCCAAAUGCCAAGAUUGUUUUUCAUUAGGUUCACUUGAUUCAUCCAUCGCUGGAUUUGGGAAUACUGGCAACAUAAUCAACAUACUUCCUACAGUCUUCAGGCUUCACAUGUGCUGAUGAUGAUGUAAACCAACUCUGCCCCAAUCAUCUUCCCCUUCUCUUAGGGUCUUACUACAUAUUGCAACAGAAGAUAAUAUUGGAGGUGAAGAUGGUAACAUGAAGUUUGGCACUACACUGAAGAAUUGUAGGCAUCUUUUGGAAUGUGCCAAGGAACUUGAUGUCCAAAUAAUUGGGGUUAAAUUUCAUGUUUCAAGUGCUUGCAAAGAAUAUCAAGUAUAUGUACAUGCCCUGUCUGAUGCUCGAUGUGUGUUUGACAUGGCUGGAGAGUUUGGCUUUACAAUGAACAUGUUAGACAUCGGUGGAGGCUUCACAGGAACUGAAAUUCAGUUGGAAGAGGUUAAUCAUGUUAUCAGUCCUCUGUUGGAUAUUUACUUCCCUGAAGGAUCUGGCAUUCAGAUAAUUUCAGAACCUGGAAGCUACUAUGUAUCUUCUGCGUUUACACUUGCAGUCAAUAUUAUUGCUAAGAAAGUUGUUGAAAAUGAUAAAUUUUCCUCUGGAGUAGAAAAAAAUGGGAGUGAUGAGCCAGCCUUCGUGUAUUACAUGAAUGAUGGUGUUUAUGGUUCUUUUGCGAGUAAGCUUUCUGAGGACUUAAAUACCAUUCCAGAGGUUCACAAGAAAUACAAGGAAGAUGAGCCUCUGUUUACAAGCAGCCUUUGGGGUCCAUCCUGUGAUGAGCUUGAUCAAAUUGUGGAAAGCUGUCUUCUUCCUGAGCUGAAUGUGGGAGAUUGGCUUAUCUUUGAUAACAUGGGAGCAGAUUCUUUCCACGAACCAUCUGCUUUUAAUGAUUUUCAGAGGCCAGCUAUUUAUUUCAUGAUGUCAUUCAGUGAUUGGUAUGAGAUGCAAGAUGCUGGAAUUACUUCAGAUGCAAUGAUGAAAAACUUCUUCUUUGCACCCUCUUGUAUUCAGCUGAGCCAAGAAGACAGCUUUUCCACUGAAGCUUAAACAGGCAUUAACGCUUCCUUAGAUCUGAAGUCGCAGGUUAAGCUUGUCUGGUCUACAUUCCAGUGUGGGGGGAAAAAAAAUCAAUCUUUAUUCUGUUAAUUUCUUGGAAACAAAUUCAUAGUAAUAGCUAUUUGGGACCAGACAAAAUCAGCUUUCAUCUAUAAUUCAUUGGGGGUAAUAGGGGAUUUAGAUAAUGUAUCCAGAGUUAAACAUACCAGUUUGACCCACCCCUUAAGCGUUUAAAAUAAAAUAUGCAACAAAAUGGAUGACUUAGUGGAGAUGGAAGCCCAUUAACUGGGUUCCCCAUCAAAUCGUUUACAUACAAGUACACAGUUUUUAUAAGGAUUCCUGUUAAAAGUCUUGUAAAGUUGAUGUCUUUCACCCAGAUAUAUCACAUGUGAGUGGAAGACCAGUGUGACUUCAUUAGAUACGUUUAGUGUAUUUAGGAUGUGUAAAUUUGUGCUUUUGAACUGUAGUUUAAUAAAUGUAAAAUUGCAUCAUAGUAUUUGUUGUAUUUGACCUAAUGUAACCCUUGUAUGAUUGCAAUAAAACUUUGUGUAGAUCUUACUGUUUUUUCAGGCUAAAACUUUGGGAAUGGGGCUAGCUAGCAAAGGUAGUUAUGAACUAGUUGUGUGUGGUCUGUUUUGAGGGUUAGUUUCUUUAUAACCCGUUUAAGUUUGGUUUGCCUCAAUAUACUUUUUAGUUAUUUAAUUAGUAAUUUAAGUAAAUGUGUUUGGUAAUCAUUGUGAAGUUCAGAUUUAUUAUGGAGAGUUGAUGUGCAGUAAGCAUGAUGUUUAACAAUUUUAACACCAAAAAUAUGUUAAUCCUGCAUAAACCAAUUGUAAUAAUAAUAGGUGUUUCUGUAUAGAUAGGAUGCAUAGAUUACCUUAGUAAAUCUUUGAAUCACAAAUCUUUUGACUGAUAGAAAAGAUUUUAUUAAACACUGAAAACUUGGUGGGAAGGGGGUAAGAGACUGCAGAGGACUGCAGAACCCUAACCUUAAAGAAGGGCUAUGUCUGUCUGUUUCCAGCAUCCUGAUGCCCCUUCCUUCGCACAGACAUUUAUAUCCAGAGGGCUUUGGGGUGGUGAAUUCAGCACACUUUCUCACUUGUAAUAGUAUCAAAUUGGAAUGUUGUUGUUGUUGAUAUUGGUUUAAACCUAGUCCCUUAGUUUCUUGUUAUUUCCCAUUCGUUCAAGCUUAGUAAUUCUUCCUUCGUACUAAAGCUUGGUGGAGGUGGGGAGGAUUUAGCAUCACUAACCUGACACUGUUGCCAGGAAUUUUGGCUUUGUUCACUGCUAGUGUGUUAGUCCUAAGUCUCAGAAUCACAGUAGUAAUGAGACAACUUACAGGGGUCACUUUUCCUAACUUACUCUAUGUUCACAAGUGGAAUUCCUGUCCUCCAAGAGGAAAUGUGACUUCACUUUGGUGCCAAUGGACAGAAGAUUCUGCUUGUGCUACAUAGAAGUGUGGGAUGCACUUGAAUAGCUGGAUCUUACACCUUGAUUUCAAGGUGGAAAGAAAUUGAUCAUGAAUCUCUAAUUUCAAAUCAAACCAGUAGGUGCUUAAUAUUUUUGAUUUGAAUAUUGCCCACUUGAAUAUCAUGGGUUCUAUUAAUAAUAACUAAGGACCCCAGUCCAUUGUCAUCUAGUUGUCCUUGGACUUUUUUCCAAGGUAUAAUAUGGGGUUUUAUGCAAAAUUCCAAGCUACCAUAUGCAUUGUUGUGGUCCAGAAAUGCCAAAACUUAAAGGGUGGCACAACUUGAGUCCUUGGCUUGACUGUACUGGCUUGGUCUUUGUGGCAUAUCAGUUGCCAUCUGCAUAGGAGAGUGGUUGUAUGUAACACAGCCCAAAAUUGCUAAUCUCACAUGUGAAUGAUAGGUAAACUUAAGAAUGUCUGUAUUGUAUUUGAAGACUGUUUGCCAUAAAUCUAAAGUCAAACCUAUGUAUUUCAAUUUGGUAUGCUUAAGAAUAAUUAAUGUAAAAUCUUUUUAUAUGAUAUUGUAAUCUCAGUUCAAAUUUAAUUGCAAAUAUAAAACCCAAAUGAUUUCUAUAUAUAGUGAAUUGAACUGUAAAGGUAACUUGUGUGUGACUCUGAAUACACAGAUAAAAUGUUUUUAUUCCUCAUGCUUUACUUUGAUGGCUUCUAUCAUGAAAUAGACGUGAAAUUUUAUGAAUUGA